AUGAUGUUGUCUCCUGCUCCUCAUAACAAGCCCGGAGCUCCUGUGUUGGCGGGGCUACUAGUUCUUGGAUUCUUUGGCUGUGCUAUGGCAAAAGAGAUGGCCAACCUGACAAACAAGCAACUCAAGAUCUGCAGCAUCACUGGAGGUGCCGGGGUGACUCGAGAGGCCUCCAAGAGUAUCCAAACCCUCUUCCAAAGUGCCUUGGAGGAUGUGGAAUACAUGAGAGAGACCUGGACGGAAACAAUGAAAUACAACCCUGAAACCUUCAGUGGCAUCAGUCUGGAGUUUCUGGCCAACAGCCUGGAUUGGGAGGCCAGAGGUCUGCCUACAAAUUGGACAAACUUUGGAUGCUGGUAUGGCCUGGGCAGAUGA